GUAAUUCCCGAUUUUUGCAGUUAUAUACGAAGGAAUUUAUUAGGUUCAACAAUCGUUAAGACUAAUCAAAGUAGCUGUAUGAGAUGAUAGUUAUGGCGAUAAUUUAAAUGUGGACCUCCAGCUUGGCGGAGAAAAAUAAAAAAGUUAUUGGCAAAGCACGUCACUUGGCUCUGUUUUUGUAUAAGAAACUAAUAUUGUUUGAACUUUAUUUAUAUUUACUGUACCUUAUCCCGAAGCGUAAAAAAUUGAUUGGUUUUUUUGGGCAUUCUUUAUACGAUUAUUUUUAUUUUUUAAUCUUAAAACUGUUUUUUUGUUUUUUUAAAUAUUCGUUUUAAAAUUUUAAAAUGCGGGACGAAUACGUUUACGCAAUGCUGUUUUGGAAGGAUGCGGCCUUGCCGUGAGAAAUCGCGCUGAAUCAUUAGAAUUUCAAAAGAAGAGAAAAUAAAAUUUUUGAUAUUCCUAUAGACAACAUAUCGAAAAAUGGUUUGGGAAAUAUAUCCAGCUGUCGGGAGUUUCGGACAAUUUAACGAAAAAACAUCACUUUGCUAGUGAAGCUAAUCAAAUGCUUUUCAUCUCUAUAACACGCAGCCUUGCCGCUGUAAAUGUCUACAUUUUAACUUAAAUAAACUGUUUUUUUAGUGUUAAAAAACUAUUAAAACGCUAAAAAUUCGCGUGUAAAUGUUUGAAAGUUGUUUCGAGUAACGACACGUUUUUAAGAAUUGUUUAUAUAUAAAAUAGUUUUAUUUUUAAACAAACAUUUAACCAUAGUGGGAUAUUUCAAGUGGGCACUUAAAAUUCGUAAGGGAUCGUAUGAAUUACAAUAAUAAAUAUGUUGCUUCUAUUGACUUGUCAAAUAAUAACUCAGUUGAUAGCAGUACCCAACAGUUGAAAUGUGUCUAUCAAGAGAUAAACCAAGAAGAAAAUCGGCAAAUUUCUCUCUAUAAGUUUUCGACAUAUAUUUGGAAAUACGCCAGAAAUAACGAUGUGUGUGAAAUAAUGCGAGUUUUAUACAUGUGUUUCAAUUACUGUUGAAACAUUACUUAAAAUUGCCUGUUUGAAUCGAUGUGUUGCGUACACACCAGAGAUAAAACCGCAAAACACUUCAGGUAUAUGCAAAUUACUCCUCCGUGUUUUUCGUCAUCAGUUUAAUUAACACGACAUUACAGGCGGAACAUAGAGCUUGUUUUCCAUAAAAACACCUAAUCAUCGUCUUUGUCUUCAAACAUGACAGGCACAAGACACGCAAAACACCCGUUGUGUUUAUAUCUAUUGUAGGACUAGGUGAGUUCUGAGACGGCUCAGUGCAGCUGCUCACAUUGACGCUCGAAACACUGAAGUAAAGCAGUCUGCUGCAGUUAUGGAUAACUACCCGAUAGCUCCUAUAGGUUUGAUAAUGGGAGAGGGUGUAGCUUCGAGAGAUCCCACUGUACCAGUAAGUCAAUCAGAAACUUCUACAACUUAUCAACCCGAAACGACUUAUCAACCUGAGACGACUUAUCAACCCAAAUCUAUUCAAUCAGCACAAAUUUAUCAGCCAUGGAUACCUCAGCUGAAUCGUAAUCCCCCCGAAGAGACAGGUAUAUGUGCCUUUCUGCUAACUUCUAUCUCUGUUCUAUUGAUCAUCUUUACUUUUCCGUUUUCGCUCUUCCUGUGCGUGAAGGUGGUUCAAGAAUAUGAACGUGCUGUGAUAUUCCGUCUUGGUAGAUUGCUUCGUGGUGGAGCCAAAGGCCCCGGAAUUUUCUUUAUUGUUCCAUGCAUCGAUACUUAUUGCAAAGUAGACUUGAGAACAGUUUCCUUCGAUGUACCGCCACAAGAGAUUCUUUCUAAAGAUUCUGUAACUGUGGCCGUGGAUGCUGUAGUUUACUAUCGAAUCAGCAAUGCUACCAUUGCGGUUUCCAAUGUUGAAGAUUAUGGUCAUUCGACACGUCUUUUAGCGGCGACAACAUUACGAAACGUUCUCGGGACAAAGAGUUUGUCCGAAAUUCUCAUUGAACGGGAAACUAUUAGUCAUGUGAUGCAGGUUAAUUAUUAGAUCUGUUUUAUGUAU